CAAUCUGUGAAAAGUGUAAAGCUUUCGGAUAUUACCUUUGAGGAUCAACAUUCCUUAAGCAUUUUGUACUCUCACUACAUUAUUGCUAAUAAUUAAAGCAUCAGUAUUGCUGUAACAUGGUGGAAGAAAGUACAGUCAAUGAAAGGACAGAGGAUGAAGAGAACAUGACUGAUGAGAACGGACAACCUGUGGAAAAUAUGGCUCCAGAUUCAGUCAUCCUUGAAACCAAGGAAGACCUGGAAGCCCAAACGCAAAAGACCAGAGCCUGGAUGUGGUCUGUGGUUUAUCUCUGUUUCUACGGCUUCAUGGUGCAGCUCAAGCCAGGAGAGCCGUUUAUCACACCGUACCUGCUCAGCACAGAGAAGAACUUCACCAGAGACAGGUGUGGUGUGACCAAUGAAAUCAAUCCAGUCCUCUCUUACUCCUAUAUGGUAGUGCUGGUACCGGUGUUUCUACUGACAGAUUACCUACGCUACAAACCUGUGCUGGUCCUCCAGAGCUUGAGUCAUGUUUCCAUUUGGCUCUUGCUGCUUUUGGGCACCUCGUUGCUGGAGAUGCAGUUUAUGGAGUUUUUUUAUGGCAUCACCAUGGCUGCCCGUGUGGCAUACUCCUCAUAUAUCUUCUCACUGGUACCAGCAACGGUUUACCAGCGAGUAGCCAGCUAUUCCCGCUCAUCGGUGCUCAUGGGAGUCUUCACAAGCUCUGUGCUGGGUCAGAUGUGUGUGUCUCUUGGAGGUAUAUCAUACACAAUGUUAAGUGCCGUCUCUCUGGGCUUUGUCACUUUUGGGCUACUCUUGUCCUUCUGCCUGCCAUGGCCCAAGCGUAGCAUGUUUUUCAACAAAGCCCGUAUGGAGGAGGAAAGGAAGGAAGCAGCCAAGUCAGAAUUAGCCAAAAUGAAGCCAGAAGAGAAGCAUGGCAUUGUAGAAGGGCUGGACAGCAAACCCAGUUCCCCUUCCUGGACAAAUUCAGUGUUUGUUGGGAUGCUAAAGGAGUUAAAGAACGUUGUAAAAGUGCCUAGUUUAAGACUUUGGAGUUUGUGGUGGGUGUUCAAUUCCACCGGUUAUUAUUUAGUUUUGUUUUACGUGCACAUCCUAUGGAAUAAAGUCUACCCUGCUACAGAGAACAAGAAUGUCUACAAUGGAGGAGUUGAAGCCGCCUCUACAUUACUCGGUGCGAUCACAUCGUUUGCAGCAGGCUAUGCAAAAAUUCGAUGGAAUCUUUGGUCUGAAUUGGUAAUUGGAUUAAUUACUGCUGCACAAGCUGCUCUGCUUCUUCUCAUGGGGAUGACCGAAGAUAUCUGGGUUUGCUAUGUGGCAUAUGCACUGUUCAAAGGCUUCUACCAGUUCCUGGUGCCCAUUGCUAUUUUUCAGAUUGCCUCCUCUCUCACUAAGGAACUAUGUGCAUUAGUGUUUGGUGUAAACACGUUUCUUGGAACAAUCCUGAAAGCCAUCAUCACUAUAAUUGUGGCAGAUAAGAGGGGAUUGGCACUGAGUGUUCAUUCUCAGUUUUUGGUUUAUUUCUUUUACUUCACCCUGCUGACUGUUAUUUAUCUGGGCUGUAGUGCAUUCAUCAUCACGUGUCAUUAUCGCAAUCAGAGGGCAGGUGCCAAGAGUACGGAAGAAGCCGUCAUCGCUGAACUUAGUCCCAUUGCAGCAGCUGCUAGUGAAAGCACUACGGUACAUAAUGGCACCAGCAUCAAGACAUAAGAUUUAAAUGAAUUGUGCCUACAGAUGGAGAAUUCUCCAUUUCUUAAACUGUUACUUCAAAAUCAGAACGUUUUAAUAUUUUAAGUACGAAUAACCUUGGUGUUAUUAUUUUUUGUGAGGAUUAGCGCUGAGUAUAUAUUUUUUUCUUUGAAGCAAAGAUUGAGGUUGUCAUCGUCACUAAUGGAAAAUAUAGGCUUGAACUGAGAUAAUGUGAACAGAUAAUUUUGUAAGGAAUGUUUGUAAGUCAAUCAUGGCAAGUUUGGCUUUCUGGUAUUUCAUAGGAUUACUUUUUGAAAGGGCCCAAAAGUGAAACUUGCCUCCUCGUUUAUUCGUCCUCAUGAGGUUUUAAAUCUUUCUGGCUUUGUUUUUUCUGUUAAAGCCAAAAGAAAAUAUUGUGAAGAAAGCUGGUUGCUGGCAACCAUCGACUUCCAUAGUAGGAAAAAGUAUUACUAUGCAAGUCAACAGGUGCCAGUGUUUGGUUGCAUAAAACACCUUAAAAAUAAUUUUGCCUUAGGGUUUCCUUAAUAUUAAGGGUGUUGCAUAAAAUAAAAAUGAAAUGUUACUAAAGGGUUUCUAUAGACCAUUUCAAUGUGGUCAAGUCAUUGGCUCAAGUACAUUUCCUGCUUAUCAAACUAUUUCAUAACUGUAACAAGAGGCAAUUCAAUCAUAACUUGAUGUUAAAACAGCUAUCGUACCAUUAUUUAUCAAUAUGUGGCUCUUUUUGGAUUCUUGGAAGCUAUAGCAAUUAAACAGGUAAACAAGAAACACAUUGGGACCAUUGUUUUUGUUUACAUCCCUCAAAAAGGUCUAUGAUUUAAAUGUCACAGAACACUCAUUUCUCUUAAAUGUUUUUUUUUUCUCUUAAGUAAACUGCUAAAGUGUUGCAUGAAGUGACUUAACUUAAGCUAUUUCCCUAAGUCUAAAGUUGGGAAAACUUGACUUUACGAGUUUCACUAACACAAUUGAUGAAAAACUUUUGCUAGAAUAUAGAUUUGAUUGUCAUGCAAGAUGUUAGUUAUAUCUAAUUAUAGAAAGCUGUUUGCCGUUUUGUGUAUCUGUGCGUUAACUUGAGCAUUCAUAUGCAUAGUGACAGUAGACUAGAUGAAAGAGUGCUCACUACACAACUGUAUACAGAUGCAGUGCGAGCGACUGUUGAGUUUAUUCUAGACAAUAAACUUGUCUUGUCUAGUCAGUGUCUCGGCACAUUCAAAUUGCUGCUUAUGAUGAUUUAUGAGUCUUUUUUUCUUCUUGUCCAAUAAGUUUUCUGUAAAAAUGCCACAAUGGUUACAAUAUGAGUAACAAUAUUGUUUACACGGUAUAUUGUAAAUAUUAAUAAUAUUGUAAAUAUAACAACAAACCUUUGUCAAUGUUGUGAAACACCUAACGGUUUCCCUUGCCUUACUGUUUUAGAGAACUGUUUAAGGGAUUAUGCAGCACCCUUAAAUGGUUCACUUAGGUAAGGGGAAAUUAACCCCUUAAGUCAUAGUUAAUAAAAAAACUUAAGGUGCUUAUGCAACUGGGCACAGGCUGCCGGCAACCAGCAUUUUUCAAAAUAUCUACUCUUGUGUUUAACAGUAUAAAGAAACUCAAACAGGUUUUGAAUAAGUGAUGGCAGAAUUUGUAUUUUUCGUUGAACUACUCCUUUAAGCAGCCUAUGAUGGACUGUUUGCAACUGAAUAUACAUCUUCUAAUACUACUAUCAUACAACAGUUAUUUUUAUAUUGUUCAUAUUGGCCAAGUUGUUUAUUAUCCACCUUAUUUUUCACAUAAGAGCAGGUAUGGUUGUUUGUAAAUUUAAUGUGUUUGGCUUCUGUUGUCAGUUGAUAUCAGCUAUUUUUAACUGUGGAAAAAACUUGUUUUGCUGUUUGAUAGUGCAAACUGGUAUUUUUUUACUGUUUUAUUUUAAAAUACAAAUGUGUAAAACACAUUGGUUUAUACUGUGGUUUAAAUUGUUUUUCAGUUUCAGCACUUAAAAAAUAAAAACAAUUAUUUCAGAGAAUUAAAAGUCUCAUUGAGAAAUAAGGUGGAUAUUGUAAAUUCUUAAAAGUAUUUCAUGGUGUCCAGUGUAAGCUGAGUGACGUUAAAGAGUUUUGUUAAAGAGAUGGAUUUUACUUUAUGAUGACCAUUUUAUUUUCAGUUUCAUUUACUACAGUGUUCCUUACAGAAGGGUUUCAUUCACCAGUAAAUCAGAGUUAGUACGGAGUGAUUUAACAAUAUUAUAGACGUUUCUAGAUUUACACUCCAUUCCGUGGAUUGUUUGGUGAACAUAAAGUUUGAUGCUUUUGUCUUAUUUCUUUGGAAAUAUUUUCAUUGAUGAUGGAAAAAGAAAAUCUGUAAUUGACCAUGUAUUAUUGAAAAUGUAAGUUACUUUCACAUAAAUGAGUUUGCGUUUUACAAAGGGCACUUAGUUCUGUAUUCGAAAAUAAUUACUGUGUUUUUAAAUUGUGUGAUCACAACAUAGGAGCGCCAGACCAUGUCUAAUUACAAAUAAAUUGUUACCAAUAAAGUUUUAUAGUUUGUGUUAUUGAAGUGUAAAUAUACAGGGCUGCUCAAAAGUUUACAUAGAAAUAAUAAAAAAUGCAUGUUAUUUUUUAUUUGGUACUGUUCUGAGAAAGACAUUUUACAUACAAGUUUUUACAUAUAUUUCACUAGACAAAAAUAUAGCUGAAAUUAUUCAAAUAACCCCCUGAUAAAGUUGACAUAGUUUUCAAAACUGUGUGUGGUUUAACUCGAUGAAUUACAAGUGUGAGUUUCUUGUUUGUUUUGUACAGUUAAACUGACUGAUACUUCAGUUUUUCAGCAUCUUCUGCAGAUCUGAACCCUUUCCAGCUAUGACUGUAUGAUUGUGACAUCCAUCUUUUUACUCUGAGGAUAACUGAGGUUCUCAAACACUGGGGUUUAAUACUGAUUAAAUGAAAAAUAUAAAUGUAUUUCAACAGAUUAAAAAAUUUGACCUCUUCA